AUAGGCAUAAUUUCAAAUUUAAUCUAAUUGCCAUACAUUCAUCGCCCAUUGUAAAAUAGCAGAAUCGGGGCCCUGUAUUUUGAUACGGUGACCGCGAAUAUCAUUCAUAAAUACGGAUUAAGAUUUUCAAUGUAUCUGUAUUUGAUUUCUCCAAUGAAAUUUCGCAUAUAUUAUAUGUACCUGUUUGCUAAGUUGGUAAAAUCUAUUUAUUAGUGAAAUAAUGUAGAGCUUUAUAUCCUUGCCCUUGACGUUUGAUAGUCAGAUUAUCACGCACAUGCGAGCUUUACAAGUUCAUAUACCUUGUAAAUUAUUUGCUCUGGUACAUUUUACUGCUAUCAGAAUUCCAUGUCACGUAUUCCUACGUAAGUCAAUUCAAUUGGAGGUGUUUGGCAUAAAAAAUGCUUAAAAGGAAAAUUAUUCACUUAAAAAUUCCGUAUUAUUAAAAUUUCGAAAUAAUCGCGAAAAAAUCUAAUUUGUAAGAAUAACAUACACAUGAAACUUAGCGUAGGUAUGUUGUAGGUACCUACAUACAUAUUAGGUAUAAGUUUGUACUCAAAUAUUAUUUUUAUAAAGUUCUAAAACAUCCAAUGUAAGAGAAAUAAAGUAAUAGACGUGUUUACCAGCUCCGGUGCAAUACCACAUGUCUCAGAUGAGUCGCACAGGUGCUCUCUCGUCUGCAUCCAACCGGCAUUUACCCGACAACCGCGGUACCGGCAAGUCACCUUGCACGCGCACUCGCCAAACACGUGCUCGCGAAAAAAAAGCACCGAAAAAAAAUACCGCCAUUCCCGCGAAUAAUAAAAUAAAAGAAUAAACCUCGCGAUGUUAUUCGAAAUUUGAAAUUAAAAAAAAAGAAAGUAACAAGUGGUCUAUGGUUAACCAUAAACAGUGGACUUAUCAAUGUGAACAUAUUUUAAUUUGAUUUACUAUCAUCUGUUAACAUCGCAAUGAACUAUUGUUUUACCAUUUUAGUGUUCACACGUUCUUCACGGCGAACGAAGCGAUAGGGUGACAACCAACCUCUGUACGAUGAGUCUAUAAGGUGUUGCUAGCGAUGCGGGUGGCGGAAGGGGGUGCGGAUGGCGGCGGCGGGGGGUAGCAUGGCCGCGACGCUGCUGCUGCUGCUGGCCACGGCCGCGGCCGGCGCGCGCCUCGGGGAGCUGGCGCGGCGGGAUACCGGCGACAUCUUCACUAUUAGCGGAGAUGAGUGCAGCGCUGCCCGUUGCGCGGAGCACGGCGCCGGCGCACGUUCGGGCGAGCCGGACGGCGGCGGCGAGUGCGCAUGCGCCUGCCCGCAGCGCGCGCCCCUCUUCAGGGAGGACCGAGAGCUAUGCGUUGAUGAUCUACCCGAAUGUUCGUUAGCUACGUUUGGUACUGGUAGCGCGGUGCAACGCAUUCCUUUCGUUUAUUUGCCGCUGAAAGGCCAAAUUAUACACCCAUCAAGAGAGAUUACUUUUCAGAAUGUUAAAACGCCAAUUUGUGCGGUAUCAGGCGCUCAAUUUCUUACAAGGAAAGGCUUUCUUGAUCUUCGGAACACUUUGGAUGCCGACGUCCCUUUCAACCUAUUUCGAGAUGAAGGCAGGACUUUCUUACAGUGGAGCGGCGAGGACGACGUGCGUGCAAGAAUGACCGGACGAGUAAUGGUGGUACGGUUACUAUGUCGUGACGUCGCGGCCACGCCCACGUCGCCACUUGAUUUGCGAGGAGUGUUCACACCAUGCGUCGCGUUCAGAGUGCAAGGAACCCCACCUAAACCUUACUCCAAUAUAACUGAAGUCCAAUUCGCUCCUAAUGCACAAACAUCAGAAUCUUCAAACUCUUCGGGGCUUACCGUAUCAGAGUAUGUAGCGAUCGGUAUCAGCUCCUUACUACUUGGUCUCAUAUACGUUGCCUCAGUUUUCCUAUUCUUACACAUUAGAAAACGUCGAAAGGCAAUGUCUGAUGAAGACGGAAACCGGAUACCGAAAGGUUUAAAGAAGAAAGACGGGUCGGUGAUAACUGAAAGGGACAUCGUCCGCGUCAAUAACGAACGAAUACAAAACCUCCCGAACGCAAUGGGUCAGGAUGAUGGCAUUGUUAAGAAGAAUCCGUUGCUGACUAUUAGUCGGCAAAUACACGAAACUAAAAACUUUCCAAAUGAUUCAGGCAGUAAUUUAUCUGACUCCGACGAUUUUGGAGACAAUAGCGUACGAAGCGAAGAAAAUUUAUACAAUAAUCAAACAACGUCUGCAGUGAUUCACCAGCAUUACGUUGAUUAUAAGAAUAAAAAUGAAAACUGUGACGUAAGCCAUCGAGAUGAAUCUGGUAUUGAAAGGCUCCCAGAUGAACAUGUGUCUAUCGUCGAAACGCAAGAUGAUAGAGAGAUAGCGCGACCUGUAGGCACAACACGAAGGAAGCUAUACUUCAACCCAGCUUACUUUGAACCACAAUUAAUGGCUGAACCACCAGCUGCCGCGCUUGAAUUUCUAGUGAAAAUUAGGGAAGUCAUUGCAAUUGCAAAACACAAAAUGGCAGCUAAACGUUUUCAACCAAUUUUGAAUCAAAUACCCGAAGAAGAAACCUAUCCUUCCAACGGUUCCAAUGGUAACAGCUUAGAUACCUAUCAAGGGAUGGGUAGUCAGAGAAGUGGCAGUGUCGUUAGCCUGAAGAGGGAAAAUAGCAGAAAGAAAAAUUGUAUCGGUUGUCCGGGGUGCAAGAUCGAUGGUGACAAUGGUAUCCAACAAAUAGCUAAGUACAAUAUCCCAGCGUGUACCAGUUGUCUCAGCAACAAAGGCGAUAAACAAAAUAGCAUACGAAAGUGGUUGGAAAACAUUCCCACGGCGAAACAACAUCCUUUGUACAACGAAUUUUUACCCACAAAUCAAAACGGUUUAGCAGAAUCUCUUUUAUCGCUUCCUGUCAGUGAAAGUCGUCGCAAAGUAAGGAAACAAAACAGCUUUUCAAGUUCUAACUCGAUGUAUAUGGGAGAAUUUUCGAUCCCGAAAAAGCCUUCUACAUUAUCAGUUCGGUCAGAACCUAUGAUGCGAAGUUACAAUUUGCCGCUACCAACUUUUAACAAUGUAGAUUGUCACCACAAUGAAAUUUACUGCCAAACUGUAGGAAGAGUUGAUGACAUCAGACCUAUAGGACUAAAUGAUUAUCGUAUUGCUAGCAUUAGAAAUAAUAUGGAAAAAGCCAGAGCUUCUAAGUCUUUCGCUAACAAAAAUGCCUUACCUGAUAUGGUAAACGAAGCCAUAGCUCUAGAUCAUAGUACAAAAUCAUACAAUCAGAGUAGUUCCGACGACGAAAGGUUAAGUCAUCAAAACCGUGGUAACCAAAACUUAUAUACAAGACAUACUACUGAAAGUCCUUUAGGAAAUGAUUAUGAAACUGACAGCUUAGAAAGAAGUACUAACAAAAAAGGCCUAUCCACACCCACGGACUAUCCUGAUGUACCGUCAUCGCAAGCUAGUCCAAGCUUGAGUAGCGCAUUGCCACUGGAAGAAGAGCUCACAAUGAGAAACGCUGUGUACAAAAUUCACUCUAAUAGUAAUAGCAAUACUCCUUCGCCACAUCGAGAUAUCUGUAUAGAACAAAAUCAUUACGAAACAAUUGAAAAACAAAAAGCCCCUCCUUUUGAAGCUCCGCAAGCCAGUUUAGUAAGUGAAGUUUAUGUAAAUAAUAAUUACAAUUUUGGUAGUGCACCAACAUCACCAAGCGGCUCUGAUUGCUCAAUGGGAAGUCGCAAACUAAUAACUACUAUUGGCGACGUCGAAGAAAAGCCAGGAUGCUUAACUAUUGAAGUAAAAGACUCGCCUGAAAACUAUAUAAAAAUUCAUGAGUCCGAUGGUUUUGAACCAGAUACUUUAGAUAGAAAGCAUCCAAAACAUAAGGACGCUGCAGACCAGUUCAGCCGAAAAGAUCUUUUAAAAAGCAUCAACAACGAUAGUCCACCAAGUCCACAACGCAUACUAUUACGAAGUAGUGGAACUUUUACGAAAACAGGGGAUAAAGUAGAAUGUGCAUCAAAAUUUAACAGUCUAAGGCAUGAAUACGAACAACGCAAAAACGUGGAGCGCCCGAAACUGUCACCAGGUAUCUAUAGUGGCUCAAAGAGUCUAGAAGAUACUACCGACGAAACAUGGCAAGAAACGGAGGAUUGGACUACCGAAGAAGGUCGAAUACUGACGUUAGAAUUAAGGCAUUCAAAAAGACAAAGGCAAAGUACACCGCCAACAAUAAAACAGGUGAAGAAUUAUGCUAGACCCGAUGUUCUGCCACCUUUGCCGCCAUCCGAUGAAGACCCAAUAUAUGAACAACCAAGCUUUCCUCCUAGAAGAGUAGAGUCGGAUAGGAUUCCAGUAAGUGAAGGUCAUCCAAAAAAUGUGAUAGGCAGAAGCCUCAGUCCGAGGGUAUUUACCAAGAAUAUGACUAUUGAAUCCACGUACGAUAGUUCUAUAACUCCGGAAUCGUAUUAUGGACCUUCCUGUAGUCCAAUGAGAGCUUCUGCCCAAUCACAAUCCUCGGAAUAUGAAAACAUGGAAUCAAUGAGCAAUACAGUUAGGAGGCCGAGCGAUUCGACUAGAACUUUCAUGAGAAAGCGAUCUGGCCGACCUGGGAAUAUAAACACUGACACUUUUGUUAAGGGUUCGAAGAUUGAUGGGCACACAAAGUCGCGGUUUCGUCGAAAGAAAGGUUGUAAUGUUCAGGACUCUGGUUAUCUGAGUAGUGACUCUACGUGUUCAAGGCAAGUGUUUAAAAAGUUAGUAGUUGCCAAAAUAGUGAGUUGUAGUGAAAGUGAUGACACUGAAAAUGAGGCUCGUAGUGAAUCAGGGGCCGAAAGUGUAGAAACGCAUUCAGUAUACUUCGAUAGCUUCAGAAAGCUACAAGCAGAUGAAACAGGAGUCGAAGAUGAAUUCAGUGAUAGUAAAAGUUAUAGAGACAAUAAUGGACGUUUCAAACAUUCUGAUGACUGUUAAAACUCAUUCCUAUUAUUUUUAAUAUUCGUGCAAUAGCUUAUGUAGAAUUAACGAGGUGCAAUAUAAUGUGCAAUAAGUGAGUUUAAAAUGUUUUUACUCAUAUUUUAAGAAUUUAUUAUAGUAUAAUAGAAAUGUGUAUUAUAAAAUGCUCGUAUAUUUAAUAAACAGAAUAAGUUAAUAUAUAAGAUGUGUAUGACACAAAAGCAAUAAUAUUUUAAGUUAAUUAAAUCUAAUUAAUGUA